CCAUGAUCCCAAGCCCUCAAAAGUGAGGAGUAGUAAUUUAGGCGCAAAGGUAUAAGACCAUGUAAAAAUGUUACUUAUUUACACCAGUAUUCUGGAUAUUAACCCUGCCCAUUGCCUGAAGGCAAUUCUUUAGACUGUUGACAUAUUAAGAUCAUCAUCAUGCUUGGAUCACCUCUAAGCCCACAAGACGCUGCAGCGCAGCUUACAACAUUCAAGUCCUAUGUAGCACUUAUUGCUGACACUACACCAGGGAUUACAGAGAAGAAGCAGAAAGCUGCAAGUGAACUUAGUGAAAAUUUUGAGACUGUGGUGAACUCACCACAAUACCCACAGUUUUUGGCUGAAGCCAUGCGAGUUUUCCUGAAGAUUCUGGAGGAAGGAGAACCACAGUUUAUUGCUGAACAACCAUACCAGCAUCUUCGCAAAAUAUUGCUUGAGAUUUUGCACCGCAUUCCCAGCAAUGAACACCUGAAGAAAUAUGUCCAGCCCAUUCUGUCACUCAUGUUUCGGCUGCUAAAGGUUGAAAAUGAAGAGAAUGUAUUGGUGUGCAUCCGUAUUAUCCUAGAACUCCACAAGCAGUUUCGACCUCAGAUGAAUGAGGAGAUCCAAGAUUUUCUGCAGUUUGUGAAAGGCAUAUACAGCAAUCUUCCUGCCCAUCUGCCCAAAAUCUUUGAGCCACGCCAGCAGAGACGUGUGAAAGACAUGUCUGAGAUAAAAACAGAACAGUGGUUACAAGAUAUUUACACGGUCACUCCUGUCAUCACAGACAAGAAAAAUGCAGAAAACCAGAGUGUGACAUACAACAUAAUCCCACGUGGUGUGCAGUCACUGAAAGUUUUGGCAGAGCUUCCUAUAAUUGUGGUGCUGAUGUACCAGCUUUACAAACCUAGUGUGCAAACAGACAUGAUUGAGUUCAUUCCCCUGAUAAUGAACACGAUUACUUUGCAGCCUUCCCCACAGCACAUGUCAAACCCUGGAUUCAACAAGGAAGUGUUUGUGGAUUUCAUUGCUGCUCAGAUUAAAACACUGUCAUUUCUUGCCUACAUCAUCAAAAUCUAUCAGAAUCCUGUCAAUAGUCAUUCCCAGCAGAUGGUACAGGGGCUUCUGGGUUUGCUUACACUGUGCCCCCAGGAGGUGGCCCACCUGCGCAAAGAAUUGUUGAUUGCAGCUCGACACAUUCUGUCCACAGAUCUUAGAAACAAAUUUGUGCCACACAUUGAAAAGCUUUUUGAUGAGAAUAUUCUCAUAGGAUCAGGAUGGACUACUAAGGAUUCACUGAGACCUUUGGCAUACAGCACUCUGGCUGACCUCGUUCACCAUGUCAGAUCUUCACUUCCUCUGCAUGACUUGUCUCUGGCAGUAAAUCUGUUUUCAAAAAAUGUCAUGGAUGAAUCUCUGCCAUCCUCCAUCCAAACUAUGUCAUGCAAGCUUCUUCUAAACCUUGUGGAGUGCAUUCGGGUAAAGUCAGAACAAGAGAAUGGAAAUGGACGAGAACUUCUUAUGCGAAUGCUGGAAGUGUUUGUUCUGAAAUUCACAACAGUCACAAGAAUUCAAUUGCCACAAAUUUUGCAGAAAUGCAAACAAAGUGGACCACUGGCUGCUACUGCAGGAGGCAUUACAGGAUCCCAAGGGGAUGCUAUCAAGACUCUCUCUUCAACGUCUUCCUCUGGCACAGCCACAACUACUGAUCUUCGACAGGGACCACCAUCAACUCCUAUACUACAGCCUGAAACACCAAAAGAAGACAAAUUUUUCUCUAGUUUGACAGAGACAAAAGAAAAUGAUAAGUCCACCAGCAGAUUUGGAGUAUGCCCAAGCCAGUUUAGUGUUUAUUCUGUGGUGGAUUGUCGUGGCCUUGUGAAGACACUUGUUUGUGGCGUCAAAACUAUCACCUGGGGACUUCUUACCUGUAAGGCUGUUGGCAGUGCUGAUCCAAGUCUUCUGAAUAACAAGCAGUUUCAACCGAAAGAAACGUUGGUGUACACCCGCCUAGUCAAGUAUGCUUUGCCAGCUCUGGAUAUUUAUACUAUCAAUGUGGCCAGCAGUGGACAAGCCUACAUUCGUCCCAUGGCUGUGCAAAGUGUGCGGACUAAAGAAGAAAAAGAAGUAUUGGAGCAUUUUGCUGGAGUGUUCACAAUGAUGAGUCCAGUCACAUUCAGAGAGAUUUUUUCCACCUGCAUUGAGUUUGUGGUAGAGAGGAUCAACCAGAACUUUGCACUUCAAAUAAUUGCCAACGCUUUUCUUGCCAACCUGUCUACAUCUUCAACAUUUGCCACCAUUCUUAUUACCUUCCUUCUGCAGCGUAUGGAAGAAAUGGGAGCUAGUGUGGAGCGGUCAAACUUGUAUCUCAAGAUGCACAAGUUAGUCUUUGGCUCAGUAUCCCUUUUCGCACAGGAGAAUGAGCAAAUGCUCAAGCCCCACUUGCACAACCUUGUGAACCGUGCCAUGGAGCUUGCUUUGAGUGCCAAAGAACCCUACAACUACUUCCUGCUUUUGCGUGGUCUUUUCCGUUCCAUUGGUGGAGGCAGUCAUGACUUACUUUAUCAUGAGUUCCUUCCAUUGUUGCCUACUCUUUUGCAAGGGCUUAACAGUUUGCAGAGUGGCCUCCACCGCCAGCACAUGAAGGAUUUGUUUGUAGAACUGUGUUUAACAGUGCCUGUUCGCCUGAGUUCCUUACUGCCUUACCUGCCAUUGCUGAUGGAUCCCCUAGUCUCGGCACUAAAUGGGUCACAGACACUUGUCAGUCAGGGUCUUCGCACGCUGGAGCUUUGUGUUGAUAAUUUGCAGCCAGAUUUCCUCUAUGACCACAUACAACCAGUCCGUGCAGAGCUCAUGCAGGCUCUGUGGAAGACAUUGCGAAAUCCCCAGGAUAACAUCGCUCUUGUCGCAUUUAGGGUGCUGGGAAAAUUUGGAGGAGGCAACCGUAAAAUGCUUCGAGAACCUCAAAGGCUGAACUACAAUGACAAGGAGACUGUCGGUCCAUGCAUUAAUAUCCAUUUCCAGGAGUGCAAGCAGUUCAUUUCACUUCCAGUGGAAAAGGCUAUAGAUGCAGCUGUUACGGCCUUGAAGAGCAGUUCCACAGACUCAUUUAAUCGACGACAAGCCUGGGAACUGGUCAAGUGUUUCCUCGUCUCUGUGAUGAGUCUAGAAGAUGACAAGACAACCAUGACCCACCUGUUUACACAUACCAGUUUCCAGGAGAAGGAAGUAGCAAAUGCUCCAGCCCCUGCUGCUACCAACAGUCAGCUAUAUAAAAACCCCGAUUCACAUUCACGCAAAGUGCAUGAGCAAGCUCUAACUGGCAUGUUUGUGGCUGCAGCCAUUAAGGAUCUGCAUCAAGUUGCUCUUCCUUUCAUGGCAAGCAUGGUGCGCCAUUAUACCAUGAUUGCCAUCUCACAGCAGUCUGGCUCCUUUGCCCUUGUUGGGGAGAAGCAGAACAAACUGCAAGGAAUGGAUACUCAGAUCUUAGUAGAUGCACUGGCUGUCAUCAUGGGGCAUGAGGAGAAAGAACUGUGCAAACGAGGAAGCCUGGCUCUUGCCAUCAUGCUGGACACUGCUACUGUCAUCUUAGGCAGUAAAGAGCGAGCUUGUCAGCUUCCCCUGUUUGAGUACUUGGUGGAAAAAAUGUGCUCUCUGUGCUACGAUAGAGCCUGGUAUGCCAAGUAUGGAGGCUGCCAGGCAAUCAAGUUCAUGUAUGAACAGAUGGCACUGAAAUGGGUUCUAGAACAUCAGCUUGUCUUCUUGAAGGCUUUGCUCUUUGUAAUCAUGGAUCUUACAAGUGAGAUGACUAUGUGGCAAGUGUCAAGUGGUGCAAUAGACUUGGCCAAGGCAAACCUUCAAAGCAUGUUAGUGCAAUGUGCACGUGAAAUACCAGCUGACAAGGUUACAGAGGAACUCGUUGCUGCACAGAAACGUUCUCUUUUUGAUGUAACCCAUGAAUUGGUGACGCAAGUCACAGUACCAAACACACUUGUGCGAGAAACAGCAAUGUCUUCACUGGGAGUUUUGGCUGAAACUACAGGCCGCACAGUCACAGAUAUCAUGGAGCCUCACAAAAAUGUGUUACACGAGAUGGUGCCUCCUAAAAAACAUCUUUUACGCCACCAACCACUGAACACCCAGAUUGGACUGAUGGAGGGUAACUUUUUCUGCACCACAUUGGAACCACGGCUGUUUACUAUAGACAUAAAUAUUGUUGAACAUAAUGUCUUCUUUACUGAGGUGCAAAGUCUUUGUGAAGCAGAUGAUGCAAUGCUGCUAAAGCUGCCGUGCUACAAGAACGUGACAAAUCUAAUUCCUCUUAGAAAGAGCGCACUCAAGAUUUUGGCAUCUUGCCAUUACAUUUCCUCCAGACGAGAUAAGAUUUUUGCCAUUCUUCACAAGGCCCUUAACAGUACCAACAGUGAGCUGCAAGAGGCUGCCCAUGACUGCAUGAAAAAGUUCAUUAGUGGCUGCACCAUUGAGAUGGAGACAGUGUAUACUGCAAUGCGGCCGCUACUGCAGCUGCGGGAUUACCGAAGUUUGACACUGAAUGUGAUCCAGCGUCUCUCUUCCCUUGUGCAACUGUUUCCUGUUGCUUUCAAUGAGAAGCUUUGUGAACAAUUGCAGAUGCAUUUAAAACAGUGGCUGGAAAGUGCAGCUUUAAAUGUGAAGAGUGGACAGCCUUCCAAACCUGCAGGCCAUGUGCUGUCACAGGAAAUGCAGACUUGUGCAGCUAUUCUAGACAUUUUCCACCUGCUUCCAGCAGCAAACAGCAAACUCAUUGAACCACUCACUACACUGGUGCUGCUUGGAGAAAAGGCACUCUUGAUUGAGAAGGGAAGCCCAUUCCGAGAGCCACUGAUGAAGUUCUUGGUCCGGUUUCCAGCACAGACGAUUGAUCUCUUCCUCACAGAAAAUGCUCUGAAAGAUCAGCAGUGGGGCCGGUACCUGGCGUAUUUGCUGAAGCACAAAGAUGGAAAACCCUUCCGUGAAGUGCUUGAAAGCAAUCCUGUGCGGCUGUCUGCCAUGCUGUUAGGCCAGGUUCAGAUUGCAGGUGUGCUGACAACAAGCCUUGUUCUGAAUAAACUUGAGCUACAGUACCAGGCAAUGAUGAUGCUGAGCAUUCUUGUCAAGCACAAUGAGAAAUGGCUGGCAGAUAAGGCUGAUAUAGUCAGCCAUCUUGUGACUAUUUGGGUGUCAGACAAAUUUGUUGAAAGGCACAACAGAGUGGAUGAACUGGAUUACAUCUACUGGAAAGAGCCCUCAAUGCUUGUAAAAUGUCUUCUUAACUACUUCAAGCAUAAUGACCAUGAGAUAGAACUUCUGUUUAACAUCUUGCGCUGCUUUCUGCAUCGCUUUGUGCCUCAGUUCCAGUUUGUGAAAGACUAUGUUGAGGAAACCAUUGCAACGACAUACUCAGUAGAGUGGAAAAGGAAGGCCUUUUUUAAGUUUGUGGAUAUUUUCCAUGACUCACAGUGGCCUCAAGAACUGAAGGCUAAGAUUCUUCAGUACAUCAUGAUUCCCAGCUUUCAGGCAUCUUUUGAACAAGGAGAAGGAUACGCUUUGAUAGGAGGACCACCAGCCCCAGAGCAAGAUAGUGAUGAAAAUGUGAUUAGUGUCUUUAUCAAUCGCAUCAUUGAUCCAGACAACCCCUUUGGCACAUCUGAUGCUGUGCGCAUUUUGCUGCUGCAAUUCUCAUCCCUCCUGGUUGAGCAAGCAUCCUCACACAUCCAUGUUUCUUCUAGCAAGAAACAAGGGAAUAAACUGCGCAGGCUAAUGACCUUUGCCUGGCCUUGCCUCCUUUCUAAAAACUGUGUUGAUCCAGCAACUAAAUACCAUGGCCACUUGCUUCUGUCUCACAUCAUAGCACGCUUUGCCAUCCACAAGCGAAUUGUCUUGCAGGUGUUCCAUGGUCUGCUGAAGGCUCAUGCCCCUGAAGCUCGAGCUGUGGUACGGCAGGCUUUGGAGGUGUUGACACCAGCCAUGCCUGGUCGUAUGGAAGAUGGCAAUGGAAUGCUGACUCACUGGACGAAAAAAAUAAUUGUAGAGGAAGGACACAGUCUUGGGCAGUUAACUCACAUUCUCCAGUUAGUUGUUCGUCACUCCAACAUCUACUACCCAGUUCGCCAUCACCUGAUUCAACACAUGAUCAGCUCACUACAGCGGCUUGGCUUCACCACAAGCUCAAGCAUGGAACAUCGGCGACUAUCAGUGGAUCUUGCAGAAGUUAUUAUCAGGUGGGAUUUGCAGCGCAUCAAAGAAGAGAUGGAGCUGGCAGCUGAGGGCACAGAGCUGGGAGCUGACUCACCUGCAAGCAACAGCACAGGUGGGAUAAAACACUCUGCGGCAGCUUUAGAUUUACCUGAUGCAAGGCGUGCCCGCCACACAUCUGGAGCAGUGGGAUCUGAGAGUGGUAAAAGUCAAUCAGACACAAACCGGCCAAUAGACAAGCAGCAUUGUGAUGCUGUGGUCAACUUUCUUCUGAGAAUUGCGUGUCAGGUGAAUGAGGCAUCAGCAGCCAUUGGCUCACCAGGCGAAUUGCUGGCAAGACGAUGUGUUGCCUUGCUGAAGAUGGUCCUCAAGCCAGAUGUCUGGCCCAAUGCAGAGCUGAAGCUAGCUUGGUUUGACAAGCUGCUCAACUCAGUCACUAGCCAUCAGCCCAACCUGAAUAACAUUUGCACAGCUCUUGAACUGCUAACCUUUCUACUUGGAAUCUGGUUAAAAAAGGACCAGAUCCUUGCUACCUUCAAGCCUCUGCAGCGUGGAAUCUCUGCCUGUAUGACGUGUCCCAACACCAAAGUGAUCCGCUGUUUGCACAGCCUUCUCUCACGCCUCAUGAGUCACUUCCCCACAGAGCCUGUUACAUCAAAUGUGGCCUCCAAGUAUGAGGAGCUGGAGUGCCUCUAUGCCAGUGUCAGCAAAGUUGUCUACGAGGGACUGACAAACUACGAAAAAGCAACAAACAAUGGAUCACAGUCUCAACUAUUUAGUACUCUGAUGAUUCUUAAGGCUGCAUGCCAGCACAAUGUGUGUUACAUCGAUCGCCUUAUUACCACCUUUAUGAAAGUCUUGCACAAGAUGACACGUGAGCACCUGACCUCUACCACCACUGAUAGUCCUGCUGUGGCCAGUGAGCUGCUGAUUCUGUCGCUGGACAUGGUGAAGAACCGCGUUGGUGUCAUGAGCAUGGAAAUGAGAAAGAAUUUCAUUGGCUCCAUUCUUGUGGGGUUGAUUGAGAAAACACCUGACAACAAAGUCAUGAAGGCAAUUACAAAGAUGGUGGAAGACUGGGUCAAGAUUAAGACUCAAGUAGCCAUCAAUCAGUCACCUAUCAUUAGAGAGAAAGCCAUCCUGCUGAUGAAGCUGAUGAUGAAUGUGGAGCGCCGUUUUCCUGAUGAUCAAGAGCUCAAUGCUCAGUUCCUUGACUUGGUCAACUACAUCUACAGGGACGACAGCCUUAGAGGAAGUGAACUGACCUCAAAACUGGAGCCUGCUUUUCUUGCUGGGCUGCGCUGCAGUCAGCCUACCAUCAGACAAAAAUUUGUUGAGCUUUUUGAGAAAAGCAUUCCAAGGCGCAUAUUUGACAGACUUCUCUAUAUCACAUGCUCUCAAAACUGGGAAGCCAUGGGUUCUCACUUUUGGAUCAAGCAAGCAGCAGAGCUGUUACUAUCUGUAGCUGUAACAGGGACAGCAAUUCAGAGCUCAUCACCAAUGAAUCUUCUGCCUUCUGCAUGUUCCGUCAUCAGCAUGGCUGAUAGUCAGGAACGAGCAACUUUUGCCAACAUCCUCCGCAUCAAGGAAGAAAAUAUGGACAUUGAGUUUGUUGACCCAGGAAAAGAGGAUAUAAUAAAAGAAGAAGAUGAGAUGGACAUUAAGCUAAGCAGUGAAACAGGAGAGGAUUCCAGCCCUAAAGAGGACAGCAAGCCAGAGCUGCAAGGUCCCAAACAAACACCACAGUCCUUGCUGCAGCGCCAGGAAAAAUUUCUUGAACAGUGUCGAGAAGUCAAGACGGUGCAGUAUCUGAUGGCCUUAUGUCAGCUGGCUCACAGCAACACAGAUUUAGCCCACACUUCCUGGCUGGACCUGUUUCCUCGAAUUUGGAAAAUUCUUUCUGAGAAACAGCAGCAGAUGCUGUCAGCAGAGCUCAUUCCUUUCCUUUGUAGUGGGAGCCAUGUUGCACAGAAGGACUGCUACCCAAGCGCCAUACACACUUUUGUUGAGGCUUUGUCAAUGUGUGUGCCACCUGUACCUAUCAGACCCUCAGUACUGAAGUACUUGGGAAAAACCCACAAUCUCUGGCAUCGCUCCUGCCUGCUGCUGGAACAGAUGAUGUAUGACAACAGUCCACUUCCAGCAGUGCGUGUCCGCCCAGGCAGUGAAUAUGAGUUUGAGCCUCCAGCAGCUAACCCUCAGCAGGAGGUAAUGGAUGCCCUUUGUGACCUCUACUCUCUGCUGAAGGAAGAAGAUAUGUGGGCAGGGCUGUGGCAAAGAGCCAAGUAUACUGAGACAAAUAUUGCUAUCGCCUAUGAGCAGCAUGGCUUCUUUGAAAAUGCACAGACAGGUUAUGAAGCGGCAAUGGCUAAAGCUAGGCAAGACCACAACUCUGCCAAUGCCGUGCCAGCAGUUAUUCCUGAAUAUCGCCUUUGGGAGGAACACUGGAUUAGAUGUUCCAAGGAGCUCAAUCAGUGGGACUUGCUGCUGGAUUAUGCAAAUAACAAAGGAAACACAAACCCUUACCUAGUUUUGGAGUCAGCCUGGAGAGUUCCUAACUGGGCUCUCAUGAAAGAUGCCCUUGCACAGGUAGAGCUGAGCUGUCCCAAAGAAGUGUCCUGGAAGGUGAAGUUGUACUGUGGUUACCUUGCCAUUUGUCAUCCUGAUGACCACCACCUUGGCAUGGUGGAGCGACUUGUAGAACUAAGCAGCAGUCUGGCCAUCAAGGAAUGGCGACGCUUGCCGACUAUUGUUUCUCACAUCCAUGUGCCUCUGCUUCAGGCAGCCCAGCAGAUCAUGGAACUGCAGGAAGCCAUGCAGAUCAGCCAAGGCUUACAGCCCAGCAAUAUAGCACGCAGCACCAGUGUGCAUGAUAUGAAAGCCAUUGUGAAAACCUGGAAGAACCGGCUACCAAUGAUCUCUGAUGACCUUUCCCACUGGAGUGACAUUUUCACCUGGAGACAGCAUCAUUACCAGUUUAUCACCAACCAUUAUGAUUCUCAAAACCAGCAAGAUUCUAACAGUAACUCUAUGGUGGGUGUCCAUGCCUCUGCCCAAGCUAUCAUCCAUUUUGGUAAAAUUGCCCGCAAACACUUUCUCACUGGAGUCUGUCUGGAUGCUCUUAGUCGCAUCCAUACAAUCCCAACAGUACCAAUCGUUGACUGCUACCAGAAGAUCCGACAGCAAGUCAAGUGCUACCUCCAAAUGUCCAGUGUUAUGGGCAAAAAUGAGCUAAAUGAGGGUCUGGAAGUGAUUGAAUCAACAAAUCUCAAGUUUUUUACGAAAGAGAUGACCGCAGAAUUCUAUGCAUUGAAAGGCAUGUUCUUGGCUCAAAUCAAUCGAUCAGAAGAUGCCAACAAAGCUUUCUCUGCAGCUGUUCAAAUGCAUGACACACUUGUCAAAGCCUGGGCUCUCUGGGGAGACUACCUGGAAAGUAUCUUCACUCGUGAGAAAAACAUCCAACAAGGCGAGCAUGCACUCACCUGCUACCUGCAUGCUUGUCGACAUCAGAAUGAGGGCAAGUCACGCAAAUAUCUGGCAAAGGUAUUGUGGCUUCUAACGUAUGACGACGAGAACCUCCGCUUAGCAACAGCAGUGGACAAGUACUGCAUUGGUGUCCCCCCAAUCCAGUGGCUUCCAUGGAUCCCACAGCUGUUGACCUGUCUGGUGCGCAAUGAAGGCAAGCUGAUCAUGAACCUUUUGAAUCAGGUGGGACGAAUGUACCCACAGGCAGUCUAUUUUCCCAUUCGUACCCUGUAUUUGACUUUAAAGAUUGAGCAGCGGGAACGGCACAAAAGUAGUGGCGAGGUCCAACCAUCUGGUAGUAACAGAACUUCCACCCCAACACCGCCAACUGUGAUGGUAUCAGCCACAACAUCAAAUACCAGCACCGGUCCUUCAGCACCUAGUCCUUCAGUUCAGGACACUGUAACAUUGACAUCAGCCACAACCUCGACAGUCACCUCCUCUAGCCAGAACAUUGACCCUCAGCAACGACUUGGGCAGUCUGAUGCUGGUCCCAUUAAAGCCUCGGCACCAAUGUGGCGUUGCAGCCGCAUCAUGCAUACACAGCGCGAACUACAUCCAACCAUCCUUGCAUCUCUGGAGGAGAUGGUUGACCGCAUGGUGUGGUUCAGAGAGAACUGGUAUGAAGAAAUUUUGCGGCAGCUCAAACAAGGACUGUGCAAGUGCUAUAGCAUAGCUUUUGAAAAUCGUGGAGCAGUACAAGAGGCUGUAAUCACUCCACAUACACUGAACUUUAUGAAGAAGCUAGUGAGCACCUUUGGAGUUGGCAUUGAAAAUGUCAGCAGCGUGUCUUCAACCUACUCCAAUGCAGCAUCCGAGUGCCUGGCACGUCGUGCUCAGGCUACUGCUCAGGACCCAGUGUUUCAGAAGAUGAAGAGUCAGUUUACCACUGACUUUGACUUCAAUGUGCCAGGAUCCAACAAGCUUCACAACCUGAUCCAGAAGCUAAAAAAAUGGAUCAAACUGUUGGAAGCCAAGACUCGUUCUCUACCAAAGUCAUUCCUCCUUGAAGAAAACUGUCGCUACCUCAGUACUUUCUCUCUCAGCUCAGCAGAGGUGGAGCUACCUGGGGAAUUCUUGCUGCCAAAGCAUAGCCAUUAUUACACCCGCAUUGCACGCUUUAUGCCACGCGUGGAGAUCGUGCAGAAACAUAAUUGUGCAGCUCGUCGUCUCAGCAUCCGAGGGCACAAUGGCAAGAUCUAUCCAUACCUUGUGGUGAAUGAUGCCUGCAUGACAGAGUCUCGACGAGAGGAGCGCGUAUUGCAACUCUUGCGCAUGCUGAAUCACUUCCUCACAAAACAAAAGGAAACAAGCCGCAGGCUGCUGUACUUCACUGUGCCACGUGUCGUGGCUGUCUCACAACAGACGAGGCUUGUACAGGAUAACCCUGCUUCUGUGUCUCUUUUAGACAUCUAUAAACAGCGUUGUAGCAAGAGAGGAAUAGAACACGAUGCUCCCAUUCAGCGAUACUAUGAGCGACUGGCCACUGUCCAGGCCCGAGGGUCUCAGGCUAGUCAUCAAGUAGUGCGUGACAUUCUGAAGGAUGCACAGAAUAAUAUGGUGCCACGUGGGCUGCUCAAAGAGUGGGCUCUCCAUACAUUCCUUAACGCUACAGACUACUGGACUUUCCGCAAAACACUAAUGAUUCAGCUGGCUCUUAUGGGAUUUGGAGAGUUUGUGCUGCAUCUGACAAGAAUGAAUCCAGACCAAAUGUACCUUCACCAGGACUGUGGCUACCUAAGCAUUGCCUACUUCAAGUUUGACAUUGAUGAAGUGACAGGUGAUUUGGAUGCAAACCGCCCAGUACCUUUCCGCCUGACACCUAACAUUGCAGAAUUUCUAACAUCAACAGGGGUGACUGGGCCAUUGACAGCAUCUAUGGUUUCCCUAGCUCGAUGCCUGGUUCAACCACAGUACAAACUACCUUCUUUUUUACGAGCCAUUCUAAGAGAUGAAUACAUAACAUGGCACAAAAAGAAACAAGAAGAAACAAAUCCUGUAGCAGAGCCAGUGGACAUGGAAGGGGAGCAACUUAUUGCAAUGGUGAACAAGGCUGUUUCAGCUAUCAUGACCAGACUACAAAAUCUUGCAACAUUUGAAGGAGCAGAGAGUCGUGUGAGCACCCUUGUUAUGGCAGCCACCAAUAAUGACAAUUUGUGCCGCAUGGACCCUGCUUGGCAUCCAUGGUUGUAAAUAGUGAAUCUAAAUGUGACUCAUCAAUUCUACUUUGCCUACAUCAGAUAUCUUCCUUCUUAUGAGAACAGUGUGCGGUUUGGUGGCACAACGUUUAGCGCCUGUCACCAAUGCAAGGGAUUGGCUGUUUAGGCCUCGGACACGCUGUACUUUCUCUUGCAUGUGGCAUCUGUUUACAGAGCUAGCCUUUUUGCCAUGAUGUAGCCUCAGUUGCUGGCUUGGCAUAAAACACUGAUCUCCAGCAGCUCAUUCUUGUGCUACAUUAACAUGCUGGAUCCUUCGUGCAACUUUUAACACAAUGGUGUCAAUUUCAUCUUUCCUCUGCAAAUAAUUAUGGAGAUUCCAAGGGACCUGAUUGAAGAUAUGUUCUGUUUUAUGGAAUACAAAGUAAUCUGGAGAAGUUAUGCUGUUAGGCUACAGCAAUAAAAUGUUCCAUGCAUUGCAUUUCUUGCUUCAGAACUAUUAUUUAAAAUACGUUUCUCAAUUUAUUUAAACGCAGCAACUAUAGUGAAUAAUUUUGUCAGUUGUAUAUAAGUGUAAUUUUUGUCUUUUUCUGUUGUCUACAUUUGUUAAGGAUGAAUUCUUCACUUGACGCUUGAUGUAGCUAAACUGUUGGACUGUAAAAAAGACUGAAUAAAAUUGUUUUUCUGGUA